AUGGAGCAAGAACAAUUGCCGAACCUCCAAGAUCGGAACUCUAGGAAUAUUUCCGAGGCCCUGAUCGAACAUCUUGACGACUUGGCUGACAAGGGAUACAAUGUUGACAUCGAUAGGCUUAAGCGAUCCCUCAGAGUAGCGCGACCUCAACAAGUCACCCGUAGAGCAGCGCAGCUCUCGUGGAGUCCGCAGUCCGGCGAUGCGGCGCCGCCGGACCCCGACCUGCUGGACCCGCUGAAGUGGCUCCGUCAGAUACUACUUGCCUUCCGAGACUAUUCCGAAUACCAAGACGCGCUGAAAGCGAUGGAGGUGCCCGAGCUCAGGCAGAUGAUUGAGACUUUUGUGGACGAGGGAGAGAUAACCGACAAAUGGCCCCAUCUUGACCUGUUCAUCAGGAAAUAUGAGGAAAAGACGAGGAAAGAGGAUGCACAUGACUUCCACAACUGGGGUAUGACAACGCACCGCAAGAACGUCGAUCAUCACUACCCCAAAACGGUGUCGGAUGUGCAGGCAGUUGUGCGAUUGGCAAAGGAACAGGGGCGCCGUGUGCGAUGCGCUGGAUUCCGUCACAGCUGGUCACCUAUACACGCGGACGACAACGAAGUGUUGAUAACCUUUGUCAGCAAAUGGGCCGGAAAGCACCCGUCCAACUGCGUGAGCCUGUCCUGCAAGGACUUUGAGAAUGACCCGGCCCACGAGCUCAAGCAAAUCCACCUCCUGGACACUUACUCGGCCAUCGACAGUACGAAGCGGCUCUGCAAAGUCGGCGUUGCCGUCACCAACGAAGAUUUCCGGCGCUGGGCUACCAAACACAACCAAUGGGCGCUUCCGCUCAACGUCAUCCUCGUUGAGGUCACCAUGGGCGGCGUGAACGGCCCCAUCUGCCACGGGGCCGGCCACCGCCACAAGACCACGUCUGACCUGGUCGAGUGUGUGGACUACGUCGACUGUAAUGGAGAGCGGCGCACCGUCAGCAAUCCUGAGCAGUUGCGUGCGGCCGCCGGUUCUUUCGGGCUCAUGGGAGUCGUCACUCACCUCACGCUUCGGCUGGAUAAGAUGACGUACGUUGCGAUGCGCCCGCAAAAGAGGAGUGCAGUCACGGCUGUGCCUCCGCCGGACCCUAGUCUAGUUCCGCCAGGCAUCCAACCAACAUGGUUCAAGGGCUUGACGCCCGAGGCUGCUCGGGCGAAGCUAGCGCAGCCUAUUCGCGAGUUCGAGAACCACGCGCUCAACGACUACUAUAGCGAGUGGUUCUGGUUUCCUUACCAGGAGAGUGUUUGGGUUAAUACCUGGACUACGGUCGAAGAUGGUGCUGGCGCUACCGACUAUCCUAGCUACAAGGGGGUGUUUUGCCAUUGGUUGUUAGGAUGGUUUGCUGGUGUGCUGACCGAGUGGACUGUCUUCCACAUGCUUCCAAAUGCCUGCAAGGCCAGUCUUCUCGGUUGUCUGAGCAUGAUGGUCUUGCCGGACAGACAGGAGCCGAAGACCCAUCUGACCAAUGCACUGCACUUCCGUCGCGGCAUCCACAACAUGCGCGUGCGAGACGUCGAGUUCGAAAUCCCGCUGCCGCCGUCCAAGAAUGACCCGACCAAGCCUGAUCUAGACGUUGCUCGCAAAGCGUGGUGGGACGUCAUCCAUCUCUUCUACAGCGACAACGAGCCCAGCAUGCGUAUCGCCCUGGAAAUGCGCAUCAUGGCCGACUCGGACAUCAUCAUGGCGCCCCAGUACGGCAACGGCCGACUGGGUACAGCCAGCAUUGAAAUCAUUACGGUGCAGGAUCCUCGGCCAGGCAAAAACAAGAACUGGGACGAUUUCACGCAGAAGGUGGCGGACAAGUGGAUGAAGUAUCAGUACCGAGCAGAAGAUGGUUCCGUCAGGAUGCCGAAGCCUCACUGGGCCAAGGAGUGGCGCGAUCUCAAGGUGGACGAGGUUCCUAUGGAGAGGUUCCUGAAGGAAACUGCCUACCCCAUGCAGAUACGUGAGUUCAAGAAGACGCUGGAGUCGAUCGGCAAGGAUCACGGCUGGAAACUGGAUGACCUGAAAAAGACGUUCUCCAAUAAGUUCUGGGACGAGAUGAUAUGGUCUUGA